AUGAGUAUAGAUGAAGAUAACACCAAUAUAGAAAAUGAAAUACUACGGUUGGCUGUACCCAAUAUCAGUGGAUUAGAUUUGUUGAAUGGUGGGAACUUGUCUAGUCUAGAAGAUUUGGAUAUUCUUUUAUUCCAUAUAAAUAGCUCACAAACAAUAAAUCAAGCAUAUUUUCCCUCAACUAUUUCACUCCACGUUAUAUUAACGCUUGCCACCAGAUUACCCCAAUUGAAUUGGUCAAAAGAAGCUCACGAACAUGAGAUUGUCAAAUUAGCCGUGGAACAAGAAGUUGUGCAUGGAUACACUUCAAUGAUAACAUUUAAAGAUCGUUCUCAUCGUAUACUAUCUCGGUAUUUGCAACACUUACAACAAUGCUUCGAACGAAAUGGUAACUUGGAUGAUUCGGAGCUAUUCGAACAAUUACGAUUCAUUUUCAAAGAAAUGAUUUCCCAGCAUGGUUCUAAAAAAAAGGUACGAAAUAAAACCCACAAGAGGAAAGAUUCAAGUGAACAUGAGAUUGUAUUGAUAUCUGAUUCUGAAGAGGAUAUAACGCUCAAGCCGAUCACUAAGCAACCAAGUUUGAAGAAUGAGCAAAAUUCGCCAACUAGUGCUAUGAAGAAUGCCCAAUUGUUGAUGGACAGGUUUGGUGAUUCUAAAAGUCGAAAACGUAGGAAAAAGGAGAUACCCACCCAAAAUACCAAAAUAUUUGAUGACCAUUUGAUCACUCAUAAGCUUAAUCCUUUAUUGAAUGACGGGUAUUCGUUGUGGCAUUUGAUUGAAUGGACAUUCUGGUGUUGCAAAAGAUCAAAAAUUGAAGAAAUAUCUAAAGAUAUCACUUUAGAUGGUUUUCAUGAAUCUUAUGUUAACUACCAACGGUUCGUCGAAUGGUGUUUGGAUUUCCUUAUUUUGGAUUUUGAAAUUUUGAUCAAUCGUUAUAGGCAUCAGCUUGAGCCUUCUCGAACUUCUGGUGAAGAUAAAUUCAAUUCCCCAAAAUUCAGAAUGGACAAGGUGAUGGCUAAAGAAAAGAAUCUCUUAUAUUUGUUGAUCGGAUAUAAAUCUGGUGGAGAUAGACACAAGGACAUUGUGGACAUAUGCUUGUACGGAUUGGUCGAAGGAGAGAGAGUUAAUAGAAAUCCUGUUUAUGGCCGUGAAAGACAAUUACUCGAUGAAAAAUAUUUCACUCGGAUGGGGGAUUUAAAUAGAGAUCAACGGGGUUCUAUGAGUUUGAGGACUAAAAUUCUAUUCACUGUGUACAGAGCUUCAACAUAUUAUUCUUCUGAUUCCGUUACCAGGAAGGAUAUAAGUUCUGACCAAACCUUGAACUUUGUCAGUCACAUAGAUGGAAAUAACAGUACCUAUGGAUUGAUUAAGCUUAUUGCCGACAAAAUGGUAGAGAUAGAUUCAAGGAUAAAUGAGAUAUUCUUUAAAUCGUUGGUUCAACUAGCUUUGGACGAAGAUUGUUCAAUCCACAGUGUUGAAUUUCUAUUCAUGACUUUAGCUUUUGUUGUAUCCGAACAAAACACUGAAGUUGAUCUUAAUGAAGCAUAUGAGCUGCUUUUCAAAUUGCGUAAAGCUAGCCACGAAGUUAAGGUCCGUGAAAAACUCACUGAUUUUUUGGAAUCUCAAGUCAUUGGACGAGACCUGGCCGCUUAUUUUGAGUUGAUAGCAGAGGAGUUGAAAGAUUCAAUAGACACAUAA